AUGGGGGACUUAUGGAAGGGUCCCAACUUUAUCGAAGUCGACGCUGGCGAGAAUGACAUGAAUAUUGCAAGCAUCGCCUGGGGAAUCUCGCUCGGUGUUGGUCUCUUCACAUUCGUCAAAGGAAUGCGACAAACUAUCAAGUCAUGGCGGAGAGGACGCAGGAUGAACCACUACAUCAUCUUAUUAUGGCUGGAGUGGACGAGCAGCUGUAUCAUGAGCGCUGUUACUUGGUGUUAUCUACGAAAUUACAUCCCCGGCGGGUUUCCGGUCUUCUUUACUCUAAUUUUCCUUUGGUGUAUCCAACUUCAAGCACUCAUUCAAAUCAUCAUUAACCGAAUCGCAAUCCUCAUGGUCAACCGACAGAACGCAAAACGACUCAAAAUAUACUCUUUCCUUAUCAUAUUAUGCAUCAAUGUCAGCGUCUUCACAAUUUGGAUCCCAGCGCGGCUGCAAGUUAACAAGACCUGGGUCGACAUCAACAAAGUCUGGGAUAGAAUCGAGAAAGUCAUUUUUUUAGUGGUUGAUGCGGGACUCAAUCUGUACUUUAUCCAUCUCUACACUCGACUGUUUCGCUUCAACUUGGGCAUGAUUGCUGUGUCGAUGACUAUGGAUAUCCUUCUUAUCGCAAUGAUGUCCCUGCCAAACGACAUCGUAUAUGUCCAGUUCCACCCUCUAGCCUACCUCGUCAAGCUCCAUAUCGAGAUGAACAUGGCCGACCUCAUCAUCAAGGUCGUCAAGGCCAGCAACAACAGCGAUUACCCCGACUACUCCGGUUCCAGAUCCCACAGCACUCAAAAGAAGAGCUCAAAGCAGACCGGCAAGAGCAAAGUACCAUCAGCAAUGUUUGCUGGCGGCAACACUACGUUCAUCGAAGCGAAUACGGACGAUAUCGAGCUGGUGGACCGAUUGGCGGGAGGUAUUCAGAAGACGACGAGAACGGAGGUUGUUGUUAAGCAGACGAGGAGGUCUGAGUAUGAUGAUGUGGCUAGCGAUACGGGGUCAACGAGGCAGCUGCAAAGGGAGCAUUUUACCGUGUGA